CCGAUGUCUGUGCCCUGUGGGUCCGCCCCGUCGUCGCCAACGGCCACCUCUCCUCCACUGGCGUUCGUCCUCACCGACAGCGUCACGUUUGUGGCCGAGAAGCGGCUGACGGGCGGGAGGGGCCACUGCGAGAUCCUGGAGGGGCGACUGCACGUCACCGAGGGCGGCGUCACCACCACACGCCACGCUGUCAUCAUGAAGUCGGCCGCCAGAGGGGACCCGCAGCGCCGCGACAGCGAGAGGACCGCCGAGCACCUCGACAGGCAGUGGAACGAGUCGCUGCGGGGGGUCAACAUGGAGGCCGAGGGGCAGUGGGCCUACUACAUCAACUCGUUCGCCACGGCCGCCCAGGGACAAGACCACCAGCACCAGUACAAUCGCCUCCCCGAGACCCACACCGGGACGGCCCACAUCGUACCACAGGUGCACAUCCGCAGCAACAGGCAGCCCGAAGAGCCGCAGACAGAGGGGCAGGGCCACUUCGGCGACCACUACGCCGUAUUUGACAAAGUCGGCAACGGUACGCACCCUCCCACUCACUCACUCGCCGACAGACAGACAGACAGACAGACAGACAGAGAGACACCACACAAAUCGAGACAGAUCUUUGUAUUGUGUCAUUCAUUUUUCUGUCUCCAUCAAUGUGUAUCCGUCUGUCUGUCUGUCUGUCUGUAUGUGUGCAGGCAAGGAGCUCGAGGACGUGAUUUUCGACUCGACGUGUGGCAGCGACGACUAUCGUGCCGUGGUGGGGGUCAACGCGCUGCUGUGCAUGCUUGAGCUGCACGCCCUGGGCGUGACGCACAACGACUACCACUACGGCAACCUGCUGGUGGCGGACGAGGCCACUGGCGAGCUCAAGGUCACCGACCUGGAGAGCCUGCGCAAGGUCCUGCGGGCCCGACACCCCACAGCCCCCUGCAGAGAGGACGGCACGCCCGGCCCCCAGCCACCCACCGGCCUCCCUCCCCUGCAAAGCCACCCGGCCCCGCUGCACCUGUCGCUGCACCAUCUGCAGACGUGGGCGAGGGGCGACUACGGCUAUGACAUCAAGGAGGUCAACGACUACACCCCCGCCACAUUCGCCGUGUUGCUCCUCUCCUUCGACGGCCCCACCGCCGGGCACCUCCGCCACUUCGCCACCGACAAGCUUAGGGCCGUGCUGCACCACUUCAGUCACCUCGCCGAGGCGGACCUGGGCGACGAGGCCGCCAGACGCGCCGUGGGCAUGUACCAGAGGGCCGUGGCGGACAUCAGGCAGGAGGCCCGGCGGCUGUCAACCACCGAGCGGCAGGAGCGCGCCGUGGCGCUGGGCCGAGUGCUGCAGCAGCGACGACAAGGGCCGGCCACCAAAGCCCUCGGUGCUCAAGCAGCUGGUGCGCCAGUACUGCGACGAGACCAUCGCCGACGUGUGUGCGAGUGUGAGGGUGGAGGCCUACCUCUCUCUCUCACUCUCUGGACGAUGUGGCAGAGAGGACGGCACACCCGGCCCCAGGUGGCAGCACCAUGGACGACGCUGACUACGAGAAGUGUGGCCUCACCGGCACAUCGCUGCCUACGUUUUAUAUUCCGUAGUCCUUUUGAUUCAUGUCUCGCGUCGACGUGUCGGCUAAUUCGCAGCGGGGAGUGACCUACGGGCAAAUUAAUGCUUGCUUGCUCGUGAAGAC